CGAAGACGUGGACUAAAAUUGCAACCGGUGCAAGUCAUGUUCCUAGGCUUUGGGACCUGUCCAAAACACCAUACGCGGGCGCUUUUCAAGAAGAGCCGUUACGCUGUAGGUCAUGGUUCUCGCAGCCUUUAGCGGAAGAAAAGGCUCUUCUGCUUACUCGGACACUCCGCUGUCGAAGAAACUAAAAUUCGAGGAUAUCUGUGCGAUGCGCCCCCGACGCGCGUCUGGUCCGGAAUUAAAAGCUCAGCUUGAUACGAAUCACGUGCGUGCGCGGGCGGUGCUAGAACGACCAUCACAAAUUCUUCAUGCGGACCUUGUUCUUCUCUUCUUUGUCCCAUCUCCUUUACUUUUCAGUGCCGGUUCAAGAUACGCAUCGAACUUCCCCAUCUCGGGCACCCCCCCUCCGUUCCUAUAUAAAUACCACCUCUCUACCUCCCUUCGAGACUCACUACCCCCACCGCUCCAAAGCACGAGAACUAAAACGAUCCUGCGACACGUACGAUGCUUCCGGAGUGGUCUGGAGCCUAAAAGGGACGAACUCAUGGACGAUGACCUUGCGAGCCGGGCAGCUGGCGCUCUUCCAAAAAGAUUGCCAAGAGUCGGGAUUCAUGUUAGGAUCGCCUGCCCUCCUCUCAAAAGCGAUUCUCGAGGUCGAAUGGAAUGGAAAGACUCGAAGAAAUGGUGGAUGGCAACACCGAAAAGGCCGCGGCACCGCUCUUAUUCGUCCGUGUCGGCUUCUCUGCUCUGCCUAAGUCGCGCUAUAAGUAGCUCCUCUUGAUAUCAGGCCAGGAGCUGCUCUGCUCUACUCUUCCCCAACGCUCACAAAGGAGGACUAAAAUGCAAGAGCCAGACAUCGAUUCAAAUGCUCACGGACUGCUCCCGCUGUCUAAAAACAUAUACACUGUCGGCAUGUCUCCGCGGCUGAGACUGCUCUAAAAGUAUCUAGACGAAAUCCAUGAGCCGGAGAACGCCUGCCGUGUUCUGAACCAGAUCUUCGAGAUUGCAUGGAAGGUGGAAUGUACCGCUCGUGGGAGUGACUAGAAGAUCGACAUCGUCGGAGCGAUGUGUGCGCCUAGUUCGGUGUUCGGUGUCCACGGCAUAAAUAUCUGUCCUCGGGCUAGCUAGAGGAGCGCACCGCCGUCCUCAGUGCUCUAACAAGCGGAUUAAAACCGAUGUGCAAAGGAGCAAUGUGUUCCGAGUCUGG